AUGCAGGUGCCGGGAGGGAGUUCGGAGCUCUCCGAGGGUCUUCCGUCGCCGCGGUCCGUCGCUUUGGAGAAUGGGGUGGAGGCGGGCGUGAGGUCGCUCUACGUCGCUCUUCCCACUGUGGAUCCCUGCGGUCACGUGAGCAGAUCGGAGAGCUCAUUCGACGGUGACGUCACUGCCAAUCUCAAAGGGGAAUUGGCGGCCCUCCAAGUGAAAUGCAAGAGACUCCAGAACGAAGUGAGACCAUCUCCCUCGGUGAUAGGAAAUCAAAACCCCGUCACGAGACGUCAUUCGAAUACUAAAGCACCCCGUGAAUCAUGCACGACGCAGGUGGAGGAGAGCCAGAGCCUCUGCGCGACGAGGGAGAGCCGUCUGACGGAGCUACAGAGGGAGCUUCACUCGUUGCAAGAACUCACUGCCAGGCAGUCUUCCAUCAUUCAGUCUCUCAGGGUCAAGAUUCAGGGUCUGGAGGAGCGAAAUUAUUCCCUGUCCAACCUGCACGAAAAGGAGGAGCACGAAGCGGCUUUCCUGCGGCGAGAAAACCGAGAGCUCCAAGAGAAAGUCGUCGACCUCGACAUAAAGAUCAGGUCGUUGAGCGGCGAGUCUUCGGAAAGGAAGGAGGAGGCCGAGAAGAGCAAGCAAGUCUACACCGAUCUGAUGAAGAAACUCGGGGGGCUGCUUCGCUUGGCCGGGAUCCAGGAGAAUCUCGACUUGGUCCAGAGUUUCGGGGAAAUCGUUCAGGAGAACGCGAGCCUGCGAACUCGAGUGGAAAACCUUCAGGAGCUGUCGGAGCGCCGGGAGUCAGAGCGCCGGACCAGCCGGGACACGGUCAGCCGGCUCAUCUCGGAGCUGGAGAUGGCGCAUCGGGAGCGGACCUCCUUCGCCGCCACGGUCGAACGGCUCAAGCAGGAACUGGAGGACCUGGGGAAGGAGAAGCUCCGCCUGGCGAGAGAAACAGACGAAAAAGAGGCUCGAUUAGACUGGACGAGGAAGGAGUCGGAGACCCUCGAGCAUCGGCACCAAGAGGCCCUGAAGAGGAUCCACGAGCUGGAAGGAGAGCUGUCGUCGACGAAGCAGCAAGCGGAAGAAGAGGACUGCCGCAGGAAAAACUGGCAAGAGAGUGUGUCCCUCAUUCUCCGAGACGCCUUCCCCGACGAGCCGAACCUGGGAGACUCGGGAUCCAUCACGGCCUGCAUCCAAACCCUGGUAUCCGACAACCAGGACCGAAAGACCCAAAUCGACGCGCUUUGCCAGCGGAUAAGCGGAGUAAUGGAGGACGCAAAGCGAAAGGAAGACGAACUGCGCUGUGCCAAAGAAAAAACGAAGGACUUGGAGGAGGAAGUGUCGCGGCUUCGGCAGAAGACGAAGAUCGGCGAGGACGAGGCCGUCGGGACCGAGAUCCUCAAAGAACGGCUGAGGAAGACCCAAGCCACGCACAGGGACUUUCUGGAGAGGCUGUCGAGGGCCAUGCGACUGGAGGAGCUGACCCGGGGGGACUUCGACCUCGAUCUCGAUCUCGGCCCCGAGGCUAUCGUGGCCAGAGCAGAACAGCUCGUCCGCCUCGAGGGAGAUCAACUACAUUCCAAGUCGGUGGCGGUGCACGAGUUGCAGCGAAAGCUGCGAGCCUUCCGAUCUCAGGCGGAGAGGAAAGACCUGCAGCUGGACGUCUUGCGACGGAAGAUCACCAGCCUCGAGGAUCGUUCCAAGGAGGUCUCGUCUUUGCAGAGGGAAAACGAAGCCUUCCAAGUCAGGUCAAAGAAGAUGGCACAGCAGGUGGAGCGAUAUCAGGCCCAACUCAGGGAAGAGCAGGAGCGAAUGAGUAUUCUCAAGGACGAACUGCAACAGAUGUCCGACGCCAAGGUGAAGCUCCUGGAAAGAGACGACGAGUUCGAGAGGCUGCGGGUCCACGUGCUGGAAUUGGAGGCCGGGAAGAGCCGCAUGAAAAGAAAAUUGACGGCCUUGAAAAUGGCAGCAGAAGAGGAAAACUUGGCAGCGAUGGAAGAUCGGCGUCUUAGCGACAAUGCCAUCGACGCCCUCUCCGCCGAAUUAGAUGCCACGAAACUGGCCCUCUCCGAUGCCAGAAAGAGAGAAAAACAGUUGGAGGAUUUCCGAACGAUGAUUGGACGAGUCCUGGGACUCGAUUCUUCUUCCAUGCCUUUGGCGGACUUCCAGAUGAUCAGGAAGUUAGAAAACAUGGCCAGAGCCCAUCAAGAAUUCACCCUCCUAUCCAAGAAGUUCUCCUGUGAUAAUCCAGACGAGAGAGCUCGUGCAGACGAAGCAACCUCCGUCUCCCGAAGGGAUUCUCCUCCCCAUGGAGAGAUCCCCUCGGACGACCAGACUCUCCCCACCGUGCACUGGCAGUCCGUGACCCCAAUCACCAGGCGGAGCACGGAAGGGAGCCGAGUCCGAAUCGCAUCCCCACCGGUGAGGGACGUGGCCUUCCUGUCCUCCACGUCCUCCACGUCCUCCACGUCUUCCUCCGUGGAGACCGUGGAGGACGUUAAGGUGGUGACGGUCGGAGGGGGCAAGAAGGGUCGAGCCGAGAGUGCCAAGCACAAGUGGGUCUCCAGGCAGCCGCAGAAGCGACCGUCUACUGCUAAAAAAAAAGAUGAAAAGGGACCAAAUCCUGUUUCGUGAGAAAAUGUAUUGUCGAACAAUAAAAAAGUAUUGAAU